AUGGCGUCUAAACACCUCUCUCGGCCUCUGCUAAGAUUUGCAAGCCCAAUACAACAAAACCGAGCUUUCUCCCGACCCUCUUUCGCCCUCGUAAAUUCCUUCCCCGCACAACGGCCAGCUCCCACAAGACCGAGAGUACAACGCCCUGUUUUUGUUGCUGGCCAACGACGAUGUAUAUCUUCAAGCCUUCAGCGACGAUAUGCCGAUGUUGAUGAGAGCUUCGAUCCCGCGUCCAUCGAGCGAGAGUCGGAUGAAGUCGAUGUCUGCAUCGUGGGUGCUGGUCCGGCCGGGUUGAGUGCCGCGAUCAGACUAAAGCAAAUAGCGAAUGAAGCAGGCAAUGAGGACUUUCGGGUGGUAGUCCUAGAAAAGGCUGGAGAAGUCGGAGCACAUAUUCUUUCAGGAAACGUUCUCGAACCCCGAGCAAUCGACGAAUUAAUACCAGAUUGGCUAUCAGAGGACAAUGAAAACAGAUUCACAGGAGCCACACCCGCUGGGGGUGACAAGAUGCGAUGGUUGACUAAAUCAAGCGCCAUACCUAUACCUGCACCCCCACAGAUGCACAAUAAAGGCAACUAUAUCAUAAGUCUCAGUCAAUUCACCAAAUGGCUUGGUGAACGAGCCGAGGAAGUCGGUGUUGAGAUCUAUGCUGGUUUUGCUGGUGCGGAGAUCUUAUACAACCAUGAAGGUGCUGUCAAGGGAAUUGCCACCAAUGAUCAGGGAAUCGGCAGAGAUGGCAAACCAAAAUCCAGUUUUGAAAGAGGAAUGGAGUUUCAUGCAAGAAUCACCUUACUGGCCGAAGGUUGUCACGGCAGUUUGACCAAGAAAGUGACUAAGAAGUAUGAUUUGAGAAGAGACAGUGGGCCACAGACUUAUGGUCUCGGAGUCAAGGAAAUCUGGGAGAUCAAGCCCGAGAACUUCAAGAAAGGAGAAAUCGCACAUACACUGGGUUACCCACUAUCGAAAGACACCUACGGUGGUGGUUGGAUGUACCACUAUGGCGAAAACCUGGUGAGUCUGGGAUUGGUUGUUGGUCUCGACUACCCUAAUCCAUGGCUGUCGCCAUAUGGCGAGUUCCAACGCAUGAAACUACAUCCUUUCUACAAAUCAGUGCUCGAGGGCGGAAAAUGUCUCGCAUAUGGUGCCAGAGCCCUCAAUGAAGGAGGAUUUCAAUCAAUUCCCAAAUGCGCAUUCCCUGGUGGAGCAUUGAUUGGUGACACAGCGGGAUUUCUCAACCUCCCAAAGAUCAAGGGAACACACACAUCUAUGAAAUCCGGCAUGCUUGCAGCCGAAUCUGCUUACACUGCCGUUACAAACAAUCCCGAUGCGAACACAAUCUUCCUCUACGACUACGAGACAGCAUUGCGCGAGAGCUGGAUCUGGCCUGAAUUGAAAGCUGUGCGCAACAUGCGCCCCUCCUUCCACACUGCCCUCGGAGUCUACGGUGGCGUUAUGUACUCGGGUCUCGAGGCAUACGUGCUUCGCGGCAAAGUGCCCUGGACACUCAAGCACCCCUGCAAAGACCACGAGGCAACGAAGCCUGCCGACCAGUGCAAGAAAAUCGAAUACCCCAAACCAGACGGCGAGAUCACAUUCGACAUCCUCACAUCUGUAUCGCGAACAGGCACGAACCAUGAAGAAGAUCAACCCGUUCAUCUGCAGGUGAAGGACUGGGACGCCCACGCAGCCAAAGAGUGGCCGGUAUACAAAGGGGUCGAGAACCGAUUCUGCCCCGCCGGAGUGUACGAGUAUGUCGAGGAUGAGACUAAGGACAUCGGUGUCCGGUUUCAAAUUAAUGCGCAGAAGUGA